UUGGAGGACUAUGUGCACUAUGCAUAUAGAUGCUGUAAUUGUGCUGAUCUGUAUCUGUUUAAUGGGUGCUGCUGGGAAAUCAGUCCACCAGAGGGGUUAUAAACCCGAGGCCUACAAGCAAAGCAGGUCCCGGAGAGAACUAGAAGUGGUAAAUGGAGGAAGUCAUAAGUCUGGCAGUCCAAUCUUCAGAAGAAGUCCAGAUCUAACAAAAUCUCCUGUGACAAAAUCGGAACAAUUAUUAAGGAUAGAGGACCAUGACUUUACAAUGAGGCCAGCAUUUGGAGGACCUCCUAUACCAGUAGGGGUAGAUGUUCAGGUUGAGAGCCUUGACACCAUCUCUGAGGUUGAUAUGGACUUUACUAUGACUCUAUAUCUGAGACAUUAUUGGAAAGAUGAGCGCCUGGCCUUUCCAAGCACCAACAAUCAGAGCAUGACCUUCGACAGUAGGCUGGUGAAGAAGAUUUGGGUGCCUGACAUGUUCUUUGUUCACUCGAAAAGAUCUUUCAUCCAUGACACUACUACGGACAACGUGAUGCUGCGGGUUUAUCCUGAUGGAAAUGUGCUCUACAGUUUACGAGUAACGGUCACUGCCAUGUGCAACAUGGACCUCAGUCGUUUUCCUCUGGACACACAGACCUGCUCACUCGAGAUAGAGAGCUAUGCAUACACUGAUGAUGACCUCAUGUUGUAUUGGAAGAAAGGGAAUGAGUCUUUGAACACAGAUGACAGGAUCUCGCUGUCCCAGUUUCUCAUCCAAAAGUUUCACACAACUACCAAGCUGGCUUUCUACAGCAGCACGGGUUGGUACAAUAGGUUGUACAUUCACUUCACUCUCCGGCGCCACAUCUUCUUCUUUCUGCUGCAGACAUAUUUCCCUGCCACACUUAUGGUUAUGUUGUCCUGGGUGUCAUUCUGGAUCGAUCGCAGGGCCGUACCUGCCAGAGUACCUUUAGGUAUCACUACGGUUCUUACGAUGUCCACCAUCAUCACUGGAGUCAAUGCCUCUAUGCCACGUGUGUCCUACAUCAAAGCAGUGGACAUCUACCUGUGGGUCAGCUUUGUGUUUGUGUUCCUUUCUGUUAUCGAGUAUGCAGCGGUUAAUUACUUGACCACUGUGCAGGAGCGUACAGAGAGGAAACUCAGAGAGCAAUUACCAUGUACAUGUGGUAUAGCACGCCCAGAUGAGGACUUGAUGGUGAAUACUGCCUACAGUGAUGUGGACCAAAGCACCACAGGGAACUAUGGGAUGCCAGACAAUGAAGUAAGACAGGAGAGGAUCUUUGCUCAGUUCACAUUAGCAGACAAUCAGACCACCAGUCAGGUGAGGAGCUUAAGAAGCUACGUCAACAUCUGGAUAGACACUCACGCCAUAGACAAGUACUCGAGGGUGAUCUUUCCUGGAGCAUACACCCUGUUCAACAUCAUCUACUGGUCCAUCUACUCCUAACACAUCACCGAGCUACAGGACUGGAGUGGUCUAGACUAUAAAAGGCUUUGUAGAGCAAUGAAUAUUCACAAGAAGAAAAGAAGUUAACAACAGGGAUGACAAAGGUAACAGCUUGAUCCAUUUGCACUUUUUUUUCAAAAUGCAAUUUAAUUCUUGGAAUUUUUACAGCACUUUUGAAAACUUUCAUAUAUUUAUUUCUUCUUUGACUAAUAUUUUAUUAUUUCUGCUACUUCUUUCAUUCAUUUGGUUUCUGGUGCAACCUUGGUAUGAGAAUUAAUAAACAAAGUCCUUUAAGCAUUGUAGGAUUUCAGAUUAUGUAGAUCUUAAAUCUUUUGUAGACUGGGACUUUUUUAACUAUAAAAUAAACUUCCACAGACUUCAUCAGUACUUGUUAUAACAUUUAUUUUAUGAACAUUAGUAAAUAGACAAAUAUUAUUGGAUUGUACUCCUUCAUACAUUGGGGAAAUAAACAUUUUUUUUUUAGCAAAAUGUAAUUUUAUGUACAAAACCUCCUCUAAGUGAUCGCUGUUUCUUUGUAAACACUCACAGCGUUGUCUCUACUGACUUUGGCUCCCAGUUUGGCAGCUUUGUUGUGUUUGAUGUGAUUGCAUUUACAUUUACAUUCCUGGCAUUCGGCAGACGCUCUUUUCCAGAGCGAUGUACAAAAUUGCUUUGAAAUCAAUGAGUACAUUAACACUGGUUCAGUAGGUCACAGAUUUAGGAUAACAUCAGCCUAAAAAUUUUUUUAAUGUACAUACGACAAUACAUUAAACAAACAGGGGAAAAUAAGAGCUAGUUUAAGUGCUUCAGGAAGAGGUAGGUCUUCAUCUGUUGUUUGAAGACAGUCAGUAAUUUGGCUGUACGGACAUCUAGGGGAAGAGUCUAUAUGUAUACCUACCUUGUAUCCUGAGAGAUGGUGGGACCAGUCAAGCAGUGCUAGUGGAUCGGAGGGAGCGAGGUGCAGUGCAUUAAUAAGAAAUGUAAAUGUAAAUGAUGUGAUUACCAUAUUCCUCUGACAGAACACAUUAUAUCCAAGUAUAUUUACAGGCUACUUGUUUUUGAGUUUUGGAUUAAAUUCAAUCAUAUAUACACUACCAGUCAAAAGUUUGGACACACCUUCUAAUUCCAUGGUCUUUCCUGAUGUUUAUUUCUUUCUACAUUGUAAAACAAUGCUGAAGGCGGCCGAAAUACACAAUAAUCUCGUUUGAACAGUUGAUAUUGAGAUAUGUCUGCUACUGAUGCUCUGUAAAGCCUUCAUAACGGCUCUAAUCUGAGGUGCUGUUAAUUGGUGAUUUCUGAGGCUGGUAACUCUAAAUGAACUUCUCCUCUGCAGCAGAGGUAAGUUUUGGUCUUGCUUUACUGGGAUGGUCUUCAUGUGAGCCAGUUUCAUCAUGGUGCUUGAUGGGUUUUGCAAAUGCACUUGACAAUACUGUUCUUGCAAGAACUAUUCCAGAGCACCUGACCUUCAUGUCUUAAAAUAACAACUGACUAUUUUUUGUUGUCAUUACAUAUGGAUUACUUAAGUCCAUGUGCGUUAUUUCAUAGUUUUGAAAUCUCCAGUAUUGUUCUAGAAUGUAGAAAAUAAAUCCCUAAACAAAAAACAUUGAAUUAAAAGGUGUGUCCAAACUUUUGA